GGCAAACUCGGAACCAUGGCGAAGCAUGGCACAGCGGCGGCCUAUGGCGCGCUUCAGCGACUUCCGUAUGUAAAGACGGCGCCCGAGAUCCUCGAGAUGCGCUUCUGGCGCCACACGAUCAAGGAAAAGGACAUGGCCGACCCGAUCCGGCGCACGAAGAAUCAAACCGCACGGCUCAUCAACUACCAGCUCUCCAAGCUCGCGGGCGUGACGUCGCACGUUGCAAAGGAUUUCCCGCCGCUCAAGACGCUGCAUCCGUUCGAGCAUGAAGUCGUGCUCUUGACGCUCGGCCAAGGCACGUAUGAAAACCAGUUGCAGCAGCUGCGCCGCGUCUACGCCGAUUUGCACAACACGGGCAAGGCCUUCGAGGUCGAGAACAAGGACGUGCUCACGCAGGUCGAGUCCCAGGACUGCAUGGCGCGCUGCCUCGACGCGCUCAAGGAAGUCGUGCACCAAAAGGCGCCGGUUCUGAAAGAGACGGCAGAGAUGGCCAAGACACUGCGAAAACUGCCCGAGAUCGACUUGGACAAGCCGAUUUUUGCGCUCGUGGGCUCGCCCAACGUUGGCAAGUCAUCGCUCGUCAAAGCGCUGACGACCGCCAAUCCCGAGAUUGCCAACUAUCCGUUCACGACGCGGGGCGUGACGAUCGGCCACAUCUUUAUCAACGGGGUGUCGUACCAGGUCGCUGACACGCCGGGUCUUUUGUUCCGCCCGGACGAGAAGCGCAAUGCGAUCGAGAAGCUCGCGUUGAGCAUCUUGACCAAGACGGACGCGACGGUCGGCUUUGUGAUCGACCCGACGGGUGCGUCCGGCACCUCGGUGGCCGAGCAGCUCGCGCUUCGGGCCGAGCUCCGUGAGAAGCUGCCGUGGAAAGCCACACAUACGUGGAUUGACAUUCUCUCCAAGAUUGACGUCCCGUUUGACGCGUCGACGCUCACACCCGAGCAGCAGAGCGAGCUCGAUUCCUUCCUCCGCGUCUCGACCCAGACCAACGAAGGACUGUUGGCGGUCGAUGCCGCGGCCCGCGACAUGCUGUUGUUGCCGCCCGAGGUCAAGGCGGCAACCAAGGCGUAGGAGAGAUGCAAUUGAUUAGGAGUAGUCGAGUGGCCGCGACGGCAAGAACGAGAUCAACACGAUACUUUCGUCCGUGG